AAACUGGGUCUGGGGGAGGAGUGGAAGGGAGGCGACGUGGCUCGGACGGUGGGCGGAGGUCAGAAGGUCAGAUGGUUGAAGAGAGAGCUGCUCAAACACGCUGACAAGAAGGACACGGUCAUCCUGUUUGUGGACAGUUAUGACGUGAUCUUUGCGUCGGGUCCCGAGGAGCUGUUGUCCAAAUUUUCCCGUCUGGGUCACAGAGUGGUUUUCUCCGCUGAGGGCUUCUGCUGGCCCGACCAGAGACUGGCCUCCAGAUACCCAGAGGUGCAUUCUGGGAAACGCUACCUCAACUCAGGAGGGUUCAUCGGCUUUGCUCCAGAGCUCAGCACGAUCGUCCAGCAGUGGAAGUACAAAGACAACGAUGACGACCAGCUUUUCUACACUAAAAUCUACCUGGACAAGACUCAGAGGACUAAGUUCAACAUGACUCUGGACCAUCGCUCCCGAAUCUUCCAAAAUCUGAACGGAGCUGUUGAGGAAGUCGUCUUGAAGUUUGAGAGGGCAAAGGUCAGAGCAAGGAACGUGGCCUAUGACACACUUCCUGUCAUUAUCCACGGCAACGGCCCCACCAAGCUGCAGCUGAACUAUCUUGGGAACUACGUUCCCACAGCGUGGACCUUUGAGAACGGCUGUGGGAUCUGUGACGACGACCUGCUGUUCUUCAACGACAUACCUGAUGAGGAGAUGCCUCUGAUUUACGUUGCCGUGUUUAUCGAACACGCCACCCCCUUCAUGGAGGAGUUCUUGGAGCGGCUGACGACGCUGAAUUACCCGCUGACGAGGAUCCGCCUCUUCGUCCACAACAACGUCGUGUACCACGAGCGCCACAUCCAGAGGUUCUGGGAGCGUCACAGAGCUCUGUUCCCGGACGCCGUGCUGCUGGUCGGUCCAGAGGAGAACCUGCAGGAAAGCAAGGCCAGAUCCAUGGCUGUCGAGGCGUGUAAGAAGGAUCCAGAGUGUGAUUACUACUUCAGCAUCGACUCAGACGUGGCCCUAACCAACCCCGACACCCUGAGGAUCCUCAUCGAGGAAAACAAAGUACGUCAGCUCCCGUCCGUCAUCGCUCCCAUGCUGUCCAAACACGGGAAGCUGUGGAGUAAUUUCUGGGGCGCUCUGAGUCCUGAAGGUUUCUACUCCAGGUCUGAGGACUACAUCGAGAUCGUGCAGGCCAAGAGGAUGGGCCUGUGGAACGUGCCGUACAUCAGUCAGGCGUACCUGAUCAAAGGCAGCGUGCUACGAUCCAGACUGACCCAGGUGGACCUGUACGUGGACUCAGAGAUGGACCCCGACAUGGUGUUCUGCAGGAGCAUCAGAGACCAGGGAGUCUUCAUGUUCGUGUCAAACCGAGACGAGUUUGGUCGUCUGGUGGCGUCGACCAACUUCAACACGUCCCAGCUGCACCCGGACAUGUGGCAGAUCUUCGACAACCCCGUGGACUGGAAGGAGAAGUACAUCAGUGAGAAUUACUCCAAAAUCUUUGAGGACGGCGAGACGUUUGUGGAGCAGCCCUGUCCGGAUGUUUACUGGUUUCCGGCCUUCUCAGAGAAGAUGUGUGAUCACCUGGUGGAGACGAUGGAGCAUAACGGAGGAUGGUCCGGAGGAACACACAAGGACGAGCGUCUGGCCGGUGGUUAUGAAAAUGUCCCGACGGUGGACAUCCACAUGAACCAGAUCGGCUUUGAGAAGGAGUGGCUGAAGUUCCUGAAAGAGUACAUCGUUCCCGUCACUGAAAAACUUUAUCCUGGAUAUUAUCCCAAGGCUCAGGCCAUCAUGAACUUCGUGGUGCGUUACCGUCCAGACGAGCAGCCGUCUCUGCGGCCGCAUCACGACUCCUCGACCUUCACCAUCAACAUCGCCCUGAACCACAAAAACAUCGACUACGAGGGUGGAGGCUGCAGGUUCCUCCGUUACGACUGUAAGGUGGAGUCUCCCAGGAAGGGCUGGUCCUUCAUGCACCCCGGCCGCCUGACGCACUACCACGAGGGUCUGCCCACCACCAAGGGGACCAGAUACAUCAUGGUGUCCUUCGUGGACCCCUAGACACGCCCACAGGACGCCUGUGUGUGUGUGUGUGUGUGUGUGUGUGUGUGUGUGGUUCGUCAUCACUGACAGAUGGGACUGAGGAAGACGUGAUGACCUUGAACACAUCGUCUCUGAACAUUUCCAACCCCGACUGUUACUUUUUCUUUUUUCAAAGGAGACCCUGAAUGCAUCGUCGCUGGACAUUUCAGAAUAAGAGUCACUUUAUUUUUAUUUAGUAUGUUCAGAUGAGAAAAUGUGGCAUUUCAAAAUAAGAGCCUUUUUUUCAGGGUUACAAUCAUUCGUCACCUGGAUGCCUUACCUGA